GCGGGCAGGUCAGAGCCAAUCAAAGGGCAGUGAUUAACUUUGCAAACUCAAUUUCACUUAGGUGGUAAGUAGAAGAGUGAACAUUGCCGGCCUAGUUUUCUAAAAAUACAACACCAAACAAGAAAACCAAAGCUGUCAUGUCAAACUCGGAUCACGAAGCAGAAAGCUCCACCAAAAGUUUAGAAAAGCAACCCAGGAAAAGAGCACCACCUUUUACACGUGCCGAGCUGAUCUUCAUAGUAGACUACAUGGAGAAAAGAGAGUAUGGUGUUGGAGAGCGAGGAACCAUAAACAGUAACAAAGGCAGCAUUUUGCAGGACUUAAGACAGGAAUUAGAGGAAAAGUUUGGAGUUGACCGCUUGGAAAGGCAGAUCCAAAAAAGGUAUUCAGACUUGAGGACAAGAGAAAAGGAUACGUACGAUGGUAUACUACGAAAAAUUGCAAAGGGAAAAGCCACAGAACAAAUUGCACCCAACACUUCAUCUGCACCAGUGAUGACGGCCGCCGAAAAUGUACCCCUUGGGAACACCGGAAACGAGAUGCAAAUUUCCGGUGGGGAUGAGUUUAUUACAUUAACCUUGGAAACUAUACCAACAGACCCAAUAACAGAAACAAGCCAACCAGCGAAUUUUGGUCUUAACUUUGAAGAAAAACUUCUGGCUAUGGAAGGACGUCUAAAAGAACAUUUGCAGCAAAAUCUGGCUAUUAUUAGUCAAAAAAUGGAUGAUAUGUGCAGCAAUUUAGAACAACGCAUUAUGCAGCUGGAGCAAGGUGGAUUUAACUAAGAAAUCCAUCCUGAUUGAUAAUUAGAGUACUCCAAAUAACCUCCUGCAAGGGCUAACCUCUGGAGGUUAAAUAUAUGAUAGUAUACUUUUGAUACAAUAUACACCCAAGGUAAGAUUCUGAGAAAAUAAUGCAAAAGGUAUAUUUUUAUUACACAAUUACAAGAUUUAUAAUACACAUAACAAGGCAGUAUGUCACAGAUGACAAACCCAAAAAGAUACAUGACACAAGGUAGACAGUGAUAUGUAGUACUAGCGUAGAUACAGGUUAAUGCACAUGUACACAAGCAAUGACUAAAGUGCUUCCGGAUAACAUAUUAGUCAAUAAAGUGCAAUAAUCCCAUAAAGUCCUGUGCAAAGUAAGUAGAAUAAAUCGUACCACGGGCAUGACACCCCUACCUAUGUUUAGCUCCGUCGAGCUUCCUUGGAUUUUUAGACCAAGAAUAGAUGGUGUUUUGGGUUACACUUUAUGGAGCCAUCUAAAAGGAAUCCACAAAAGAUUGAGAAUUGCCAGGACUGUGAAUAAGUUAUGCAGUGGAGCCUUGCAACCAAUCAACUAUUCUUUUUUAUUUUAAACAUGUUUAAGCAAAAAAUGAAAAGGAAAUAGCUGAUUGGUUGCCAAGGGAAACUAGGGACAAGGUACACUGUCAAAGGUAACUGACAAAGACCUCGACGCUUAAACGAGUUUUGCCUAAGCAAAUGUUUUUUGGACUGCAGAGGCCGAGCUGUAAAUCUGCACAAAAUAAACUUUCACUUACCUGCCUACAAUCAACCGUUGUUCUGAUGUCACCAUCCCGUGCUCCAGGCCCGGUCUCUUCCUCUUCCUGCGGGUCGGUGCAUUCAUACUGCGCUCUGCCUCAGAGCGGCCGCGGUGGGACAUUGAGGCGGCCACUGAUAGGCUGAGUGCAGAAUGAAGUCAGCGACCUGCAUCAAGAGGAAGAGACCAGGACCGUAGCACGUGACGGCGAGACCGUAACAAAGGGGGAUUUUAUGCAGGUCAUUGAAUUUUUCUUAGUUAAAAAUGUACUGCCCGGCCACAGUGGGCCCCAAAACAUUUGCCUGGAUAAACUUCUUGAAGAUGGGAAACAUAUGUCAACCCCAAUUAUGUUUGAAUCCAAAAUGUAACAAAUUUAGACUUGUUCAGAGUUUGUGUUAUUAAACCAAAAAAUAGUUUUACUAAUGUAAAUGUUUUUUAAAAAAGAAGGAUGUUAAACCGACCUACAAGGUCAAAAAGGAUUUUCCAUCUUUACUGUGCAAUUUAAGGCACUAAUGUAAGGGUUAAAGAAUUUAUCCAACUUAGUAGUGUGCAGCUAGCUAAGCAUAGGAACAUUAACCACUAUGCGUGGGGUUACCAUGGUUCUAAACUAAACUAUGUAAGUUUAACACACACCUGCUAAUUGGUUAGUGGUUGAAAAAAUGCCCAAAUCCUGUGAGGAACCAUAUUUGACCAAAACUUGCAACCUGACAUGCACAUGGCCAUCACUUGCCCACGGAACUAUAUGUAACAUAGCCAAACAAGUUGUAAAAUGAUGAUGUGGGGUUCAUCCCUUGCUGUUUUUCGCAUUGUUUAAGUUAUGCAAAACCGUUGCCUGUUUAAUAAAAAAAAUGUUUGUUUGAAAAUCUAAGGAUUGCGUUUUCAUUGGGAGUUCAUGAUAGGAGAAUGGGUUAAACUCUAACAAUUUAGUUAAACAAACAGUAAAGCUUGAAAAACUAACACAAAACAGUUUAGAGUAAAAAUAACUUUACAAACGUGUACGUUUUUUUUUCUGCUAAAUAUGUUAGUUGGGUAAGCCAAGACUUUGGUGGGGUACAUUUAGUCAAGUUUUUACCUUCCUGCGACAUAAUAAAUACGUGACCACUGCAAGUCAAAUGUGAAAUCUUACUAAAAAAGGGCGGGUAAACAAAAAAUGCACUUCUAGCUCUGACGAUGAAAAGUCGCACGGAAAACAGCGUAGGCGCAAUAGCAACAUUUUUGCGACAAAUAUAGUAAGAAAAACCAGACUAAACCCCUUAGUAAAUGUCCCUCAAUGAUUUCAAAUGUUUAAAUGUUUUGGUCAUUUUUUGGUUAUCCUUGUAGAUGUCUGAUGCAAAACAUUUUUUGUUUUGGUUUCCUAUAUUUUAGUGCUCCAAUUUCACUUUAGCAGCUGAUUCAAAUAAAGCAUAUGAAUUUAUGCCAUGCGCAUGGUGCAUUUUAGUCUCUGAAAACAUGUGUAGUGGAAGCAUGGUGCAGUUUCCCAUGGAAACCAAUCCGAUUCCUUCUUUCGUUUUUUUACAUUUUGUUGAGACCUGCGAAAAAUUGAAAAAGCAAUCUGAUUGAUUGCUCUGGUCACUGCACCACUCCUCCUCUACACGUGUUGUCAUCAAUCUCCCCCUUUUGAAUUCCACAACACUAUGCUGCUGAAUAAUGACUGUGCCUAAGUCUGUGUUCUCCCAACAGAAUGUCCACAUGGAGAAUCUCUAAGCGCACAUUCUGUACAGUGCGUGCUCUAGCAGAAUCUUCAGGUGCUUGGACCGCACAGGAAUGCGCAUAGACAGUUAUACAUUCCGUGAGGCUUCCACACAAAGAAUUACCGCGUUCAUUCUGCGCGGAUGUUGACAAAGGAAUUUCCGUUCAGGAAAUAUCUGGCAUGAAAAUUCCACCAUGUGCACUGAGCAGCAGAGUCACAUUGAAUUAAACAUGACUCUGCUGCAGCGGAAUCUCCAUCCCAAUUUCCUAUCCAGAAUUCGGAAUUAAAUUUCCAUCGUGUGAACCUAGCCUUCUAUUCUGGCCGAUUACCACAUGGACGAUCCUCCUUUUGAACUUAGACUAAAAUAGUUGAGGGAACUUAGAAUGCUUUAAAAAAUUAUAAACAUUAAAGAAUAGAUAGAAAAAUACUUUAACCCCUUGCCGCAAAACGCCGUUUUUAAAUGGCGCUGCACCACCACAGGAUUAUGACGCGAGCUUAGGAGCUGAGCUCGCAUCAUACCCACACGUCCGGCAUUAAACCGAAACCGCAGUGUCCUGAUCAGCCAGGUCACACGAGGAGGGUCCCUUACCUGCCUCCUCUGCAUCCGAUCGCCGAAUGACUGCUCCAUGCCUGAGAUCCACGCAGAAGCAGUCAAGCAGUGGUAACACUGAUCAACGCUAUGCUAUGGCAUAGCAUUGAUCAG